CGUCGCCGCCCUCCCGCCGGCCGCUGCCGAGCGGCCGCCGCCAUGAUGCCGGCCCUGGCCGCCCAGCGGCGGGGCUGCCGCGGCCUCUACCGCCUGUACCUGCGGUGCCAGGCGGCGCCGGGGCCCCGCUCCUGCCACGGAUGGAAAGCUUCAAUGAAAAUUGGAAACCUAUCUUAUAUUCUGCCAUGCAAUCGCCUGCCUGUGCAGUUGAUGAGUCAAGUGAGAGUUUAUACAUCCAACGGUCAGAAAAAAGAUCUUGGAUCAGAAGAUACAAAUAAGUCAGCCCAUGAAGAAACCCUAAAUAAGGCUGAAACAGGACAAGAUGCAACCAAUGCAGGUCAAAAGCAGUCUUUGCCUAAACAGCCAAUUCAAGUAAAAGUGAAAGCAGUCCUGAAAAAAAGAGAGUAUGGACCAAAAUACACCCAGAAUAACUUCAUCACUGGAGUCAGAGCAAUUAAUGAGUUUUGUCUUAAAUCCAGUGAUUUAGACCAGCUGAGGAAAAUUAAACGACGAAGUCCCCAUGAUGACACUGAGACUUUCACCGUGUACCUGAGAUCAGAUGUAGAGGCAAAGUCUCUUGAAGUUUGGGGUAGUCCAGAGGCUCUUGCCAGAGAAAGAAAACGGCGUAAAGAGGCAGAGAUCAAGUACAGAGAAAAUCUAUUUAGAAACCAAAGGCUGUUGUGGGAAUACAGGGAGUUCUUUGGAAAUACUAAGCCACGCUCCAGUACAGCAACUAUGUUUUUCAAGGGACCAGGGAAGGUGGUAAUGGUAGCUAUUUGCAUAAAUGGGUUGAAUUUUUUCUUUAAGCUACUUGCUUGGGUUUACACGGGUUCUGCAAGUAUGUUUUCAGAAGCCAUACAUUCUUUAGCAGACACAUGUAACCAGGCAUUGCUAGCUUUGGGCAUCAGUCAGUCGGCAAGAACACCUGACCCUAGUCAUCCGUAUGGUUUCACAAACAUGCGCUAUAUUGCCUCCCUGAUUAGUGGAGUAGGCAUUUUCAUGAUGGGUGCAGGACUUUCUUGGUAUCAUGGGAUCAUAGGUUUACUCCACCCUCAUCCUGUAGAAUCUCUUCUCUGGGCAUACUGCAUUUUAGCAGGGUCAUUGGUAUCUGAAGGAGCUACCCUUCUUGUUGCUAUAAAUGAAAUUCGCAGGAGUGCUCGUGCCAAGGGCCUGUCAUUUUAUCAAUAUGUUGUGCAGAGUCGUGAUCCUAGUACAAAUGUGGUGUUACUGGAGGAUGCUGCUGCAGUUUUGAGCGUGGCUGUAGCUGCUACCUGUAUGGGUCUGACUUCUUUAACAGGAAACCCAUAUUAUGACAGUGUGGGGUCUCUAGGUGUUGGAACUUUGUUAGGAACUGUCUCAGCAUUUCUGAUCUACACUAACACUGAAGCCCUGCUGGGACGAUCCAUUGAACCUGAACAACUGCAGCGACUCACCGAGUUACUAGAAAGUGAUCCUGUAGUAAGAGCAAUUCAUGAUGUUAAAGCUACAGACAUGGGAAUGAGCAAAGUGAGAUUCAAGGCAGAAGUAGACUUUGAUGGACGUGUUGUUACUCGGUCUUACCUGGAAAAGCAAGACAUCGAACAGCUGCUACAAGAAAUUCAGCAAGUGAAAACCCUUGAAGAAUUAGAAGCCUUCAUGCUUAAGCAUGGUGAGAAUAUCAUUGACACGCUGGGAGCUGAAGUAGACAGACUUGAAAAGGACCUGAAGCAACGAAAUCCUGAUGUUCGUCAUGUGGAUUUGGAGAUACUAUAGAGUUGAACAGGAGAAAUCUUCGGGUUGCUACUCCUUUGGAAAGAAGCCACAUAAAGGGCUGAAAAGCUUCUGAAAUUGCAGUGACCUCAGCACCAUACCUCGCUUACUUUUGCUGUAGGCUUCCUGGACUGUUAGCACUGCUUCUGUUUCUGGAAGAGUGCUAGACUUGCAGACAAAAAUUUCCAUGGCAAAAUCAGUUUUCAAAAGCUACUUGAGUUAAAUUCCACAGGAGAGUCUGUCCGAGUAUAUUUACUGUGAUUCAAAACUUAAGACUUGAGGUUUAGUUAGGCAAAUACAUCUGCCUGAAACUAUACAACACACUUAGAUUUUCCAUUUUGUGUCCCUUUGCAGUCAGUUUGCACUUCUUUAGUUUCUUUCAAGAUAUCAGUAAAGGUUCUUGGGAGAUAUUAAGAUUAGCUAGGAAGAGUUUGUUCCAGUGGAACCUGCCAAUCUUAAACUAUUUCAAUUGUGCAAUUGUGUCAUAGUUUUGCUUUUCUAUGAGAUAAAUUCUUCCAAAUGGGCGCUGGCCUUCUCUCAAGUACCAUGACCUGGAAACCUGCUUUUUGCCACCAUUAUGAUUACCAAGAUUACCAACUGCACUACAGAAAAAUAAGAUUUUUCACCUCAGUGGAGCCAGCUGUAUGGGUUUAGCCAGAGUAUAUUAAGCUACUGUGAAAAAUUAUUGUGUACAAAUUUUGGUGCACUUCCUCUUCUUAAGUUUUGUUCUUUUUUUUCCCCUGCUCUUACGUUUGUUUUCUUAUUUGUAAUUAUCUUCAGAUGUAAUCUGGGAGAUAUUUAUGAUAGUGCUUAUUAAAAGUUACCUGGCAUUUUUGGCUUUUUAUAUUUUAAUAGGCUCUGUUGCCAGAUAUGGUCUUUUCUAGAAGGUGCAAGAGAUGUAGCUGGAAUAUAUAAUAGUAAAAAAUGAACUAUUUAUAAUUAAACAAAUGAAUACAUU